CUCCCUCUCUCUCUCUCUCUCUCUCUUUCUCUCCAGCCCCUGCAUAUGUUCUCCGGACACGCCCCUCAGGCCAGCCCGGCCGGGACCCUCCCCCCCGGAGGGGCCGGCCUGCGCUCGGUUGGCCAGCUGGACCCCUCGCUGCAGAACCUCGGCGCCUCGGCCCAGGCCACCUUUGAUGGCCAGACAUCCAGCCAGACCCCCCCAUCCUCCGCACCCAACCCGGCUGUCACCCAGGUGUAUGAUACCAUCUGGCGGUACACCGAGCUGCUCAUCCACCGAAUGUGCCUGUCAUUGAUUUCCUGCCAUGUCCCAGGCUGGCCAUCGAGCACCAUGGGCGAGGCCUCCGGCAAGGAUCCCUGGUUCGCCCUCGAGUUGCCGGACACGCUGCCCGAGCUGCGCACCGCCCUCCGCGUGACCGGCAUCCGGGCCUCAACCACUUCUGGGCGCUCCCAUCGGAAUCCCUUUUAUUGCAACUUCGAGCUGCUGGCCCUGCUCCCGCUGAACUCGGCCGAUCCGCACGACUGCUGCCCGGCACAAUUCAUCCCGGGCUUCAGCGUGCAGCAAUAUCGCGGCGGCCCGUCGUUGGACAUCCUGUUCCAGACCGAGGGCACCGAGGCCCAUCCAAGCUCGAGUGGGACCUCCCCGGGGGAUUCCCGCGCUGCCAAUCCCACCGGGGCCUCCUGGGUCCCCUCGAGCAUGCGAGCCAUCUCCCUGGAAAGCUGGUCCUUCUCGCUGGCCGCCUCCUCGAAGGAGCCCUCGGCCAGCCGGAUCAUGGAGGACUUCCCGGCCGGGGCCCAGGCCUCAGAGCAUCCGGAAGUCCGCCGUGUCUACCGCAUGUAUCGGUCCUGGCUGCGCGGGCUGCAUGUGCUGGCCCGCGCCCAGCCAAGUGGCCGCCUGGCCCGUGGGUGUCCCGGGGCUGGGGUCUGUCAAGAGGUGUGGUCAUCCGAAGGCCUGCACGACCCCCUGUGCAGGCCGACGCCUGGCUCGAGUGCCGAGCCGCGGCCCCGGUCGGCCAGCACCGGCACCGGGGCUCGGGCAGCCCCCGCCGGGAUGGCUGCCUGCUCCGGUGCCUGCCGGCUCCUGCUGAGGGUCAUCGGCCCGCAGGGGUCUCACGUGCUGUCGCUGGACCCGCGCUCGCGUUUCACCUCGGACCAGCUGCAAUCGCUGGUCAGCCAACGGCACAUCAUCGGUCUGGACUCUUCGGCUCCAUUGAACCCGAAGUUGUCCAAGAAGAUGGCCGCCCACCUGCAGGUGGACUCUGGGUUCAACCUCCUCUCAUUGAGCGUCUUCCACCGGCCGAUUGCCGGCAUCACGCCACAUAUGGCGGUUGAGCGGCCGACCACUUCACUGCGACCGGCGUCCCGUGCCCUGCCCAUCGGGCCCGGGCGCCGGAACGGCUGUCCCGGCUGCUCGGCUGCUGGCGAUGGCUCACUUGGCGGGCCGGCCGGUCUCGAAGGCCACCCUGGCAAUGGCAUGUCCGGCGUGUCGCCUGGCUGUGCGAUGUGCGUGGCGCUUCCCCGCACCCCCCAGCAGCACCAGCAGCAACAACAACAGCAACAGCACUACUGCAAUGGCCCACAAUAUGGCACCCCGGGCAGCUCCUACGGCGGGGGGUCUUCCAGUGGCAACCUGCGUGCACCCUCCUCACGGCCGGGCUCCUUCGCGACAUCGGCUCCCACGUCGGCCGCCGGUCCGCUUUCCCUUCACCAGCUGGGCUCUGUCGGUGGCCCGGGCGGAGUCAUUGGCGCCUUCUCCUCGCAGUCUGGCUUCGGGACUCACUCGACGCGCAUCAGCUCCAUCGGCACUGGUAGCAUUCGCCUGUCGCCCAGCUCACCGCUGCCCCCGCCGCCGGGCGCCGGAGUCGGGCUGGAUCCAUCCUUCCGGGAUCUCUUUGCCGAGCCGCUGCAGCCCAUCAUCCCACGCGGGGGCGCUGGCGGCGGGUCGCCCAUGCGCGUGCCAGCAUCAAAUGCCCACAGCCAGCCACACCACCACCAUCAGCAGCAGCAGCAGCAACAGCAGCAGCAGCAGCAACUGCCCCGGUCCGGACUGUCCCCAACCGACACGGGCCCCGGCCAGUCGAUCCAGCUCACCUUUAGCUCCCACGAAAAUGUCAUCGUCCGCAGUGUGGAGCUCCCUCACUCGCCGCCGGCUGGCAUGGCAUCCAUGCGGGCCGGACUGUUCCCCACAAUCGAUUCGGAACUCUUCUCCCGAGACGUACAUGCGGCCUCGGCACCGACGGCCCGCGGCGUGAGUGGCUUGACUCAGGCCUUCCAGCGUGAACGCAUGGUCAGUCCCCCGGGGGGCAACACUGGCGCCAACGCCAACGGCGGCGGUGCCGACCCGGCGGGGCCCCAUGCUGGCAUCGCCAUUAGCCGGCCGGGUGUUUCGGCUCUGCAUGUUGACUCUGCCGGGCUGGCUGUCCCGCCACGCCAUGCCACCCCGCCCUACUACCCCUCCCGGGGGUCUGCCGGGACCCAGGCCAACGGCAGCAGCAACAGCAGCAGCCCUCACACGCCAUAUGGCGGUGGAUCGUACCAGCCGGCGCCAACCCUGCCCCCCGCCGGGAGCUACUCUCCUCGGUCGUAUCAGCCCUUGGCCGGCGGCAUGGCGGGUGCCACGAUUUCGCCGGCCUCCCACUCGCGCCCGGUAUCCUCCAUCACCACCGCCGGGUCGCACAUGUCGACACCGGCAUCGCAACCAUCGCGGCCGGGGAUGUCCCCGCGUAGCCCUGGUGCCGAGCGCCCGGGGCAGAUAAUCCAGAUGGGCUUCAGUAUUAGCCCGGUGCGCCCGUCGGAGUUGGCGCAGCGCCCGGGUCCGGCAGCCACCUCUGCUGGUUACACCCACCUGGCUGCCACCGGCCGACCUGAGCCGAUUGCCCCUGGUGACGAGCAGGACGAGGGCUUUGAUGACAUCUCGGAUUACUGACCGGCGGCACUCUGGCGCACCCGAGGCGUGGACAAGCCCCGGUGAAGAGCAGCCAGUCCACUUUGCCCGCCUCUCUCUCUUUUUUUCUCUCUCUCUCUCCCCUGCUUCCCUCCCCCCAUGUACUUGUGAUUUCCCUUCCCCCUUCCCUAAACAAUAGAUAUUUCCCCCUCCCCC